AUGACCAAAAGGACGAGGCAUUUGGUCCCCCCACCAGGUGCAGCCGAAACAGCAUGGGCCAUCCUUGCCGCUUCUGCGGGCGUUGGAAGGCCUUCUUAUUCCUUCCAGAAGAGCAGGGGCACGUACGGCCAACCGCCCGAUGGCAAUCAGGCGUGCAACGAGCCGCCGCGGAAGCGGCAAGUCUCUUCGUCUGCUUACUUCAUCUUGAUUGUGAAACAGACCACAGCAGGGAUCUUUGGCAAGAAUGGGGGAACAUGGAUUUCACGACGAACAGGGAACGAAGCAAAGGAGAUCAGUUUAUUCGUUGGCGAAAACAAUGAAAACAGUGCAUAUUUCACGGAGACGAAGGACACGUUGAGCAAAGGACCUUAA